UGUCGGCUGGAUAACGUACGUUAACUGUUACCAUGAUAAGAACGAUUUCUUGUGGUUAAGUUUAUCGCUGUUAAAUCAUUACAAAAAUCAUCGUAACUUAAAAGUUGGAAGCAGAGGAGGCCUUAUGUCAAGACAAUUCAGUAUCGGGAAGGCCAACGACGUGUGCCAACAUGAAGAAGCUGUUUUCAAAAAUCGAAAACACGUCGAAGGAGCCUAACAGUUACAUUGGAAAAGUUUUUGUGGUUGGUCGUUAUACUGUCACUGUUGAAGAGGUGUUAGCUGAAGGUGGAUUUGCUAUUGUAUUUUUGGUAAAAUCUUCAAGUGGACGUUAUGCCCUUAAACGCAUGUAUGUUAAUAAUGAACAUGACCUUAAUGUAUGUAAAAGAGAAAUACAAAUUGCAAGUAAUUUGAACGGUCAUAAAAAUAUCAUAGGAUAUUUGGAUAGCAGUAUUACUCACAUAGGUGGAGGGGUACAUGAACUUCUACUUUUAAUGCCUUAUUGUAAAUCUCAAGUUCUACAAAUGAUGAAUAAUAGGUUACAGACUGGGUUUAGCGAGUCUGAAGUUCUUCAAAUAUUUUGUGAUAUUUGUGAAGCUGUAUCUCGAUUACAUCAUUGCCAAACACCAAUAAUACAUAGAGAUCUAAAGAUUGAAAAUAUAUUGUAUUCUGAUAUUGGUCAUUAUGUAUUGUGUGAUUUUGGUUCAGCAACAGCAAAAAUUCUUAAUCCCAGUAUACAGGGUGCAGCAAUAGUCGAAGAUGAAAUUAAAAAGUAUACAACCCUUAGUUAUAGAGCUCCUGAAAUGGUUGAUAUGUACUGUGGGAAGCCUAUUACAACAAAGGCAGAUAUAUGGGCAUUGGGGUGUUUGUUAUACAAACUUUGUUUCUUUGCAUUACCAUUCGGCGAAAGUACACUUGCUAUUCAAUCAGGAAAUUUUACAAUACCAAAUCAUUCAAGAUAUAGUAGAAGUCUUCAUUGUCUGAUCCGUUAUAUGCUUGAACCGGAUCCUGAUAAUCGCCCCGAUAUUUAUCAAGUUUCUGUGAUUGCAUUCCAAAUUCAGGGCAAAGAGUGCCCUGUACAGAAUUUACAUAAAGUUCCAACACCAGUUCUGGAAUCAUUAACUUGUCCGCAUAUGGAAUCUGAAAAUGUCAAAAGAUCUUCAUUGGUAAAAACACCAAAACCAUCACCAGUAACUACUGUUGAAGGUACAUCGGUUACACCAAGACAACGACCAAAGGGGCAGGCUGUAAGCACAGGUCCAAUAAGUUUAAGUGGUCAGAUUGUAAGUCAAAUAUCUGGUCAAGGGAAUCAGGUUCAAUCGCAAAGUUCUAUAGGAAGUACGAUUUCAUAUAUUCAAAUGAGUCAACAAAUUGCUUCAUUGAAUGUGUCUCAAGCUUAUGUAGGACAGAGUAUACAAGCCAAUGUACAGUCGUUACCAGUGAACACACAAUCAUCUUCUCACCAAGUAUCAACGAUCACUCAAGUUCCAUCGCAAGUUUGCUGUACAACCAGUCAAAAUGUUUGCUUUGGGCAUCAAUCUCAAAUUCAGAAAUCACAAUAUACUCAAUCUCAAUGUUCUACAAUUAGACGAUCCCCUGUAAGUGUCCAAGAUACAAAAAGUUCGUACUAUUUUGACUCAACAUCAGCAACAAACGUAAAUGAAGAAAAUCUAGAAGCACUAUUUCCACCAUCUGGUUAUCCAGAUCCGUUUAAAGAUGAUAGCCGAACUAUGCCACCACCUGCAAAAAUACCACCACCUGUAGCCCCUAAACCCACUAAAAUUUUACCAAAGGUAUCAACUAUUUCUGCUAGUUGCCCUCCCAAAUUUACACCUAUUAUUCCUUUAACAUCAAAACUGAAUAUUUCAACGGGGCUUAACAAAACCGUUCCUAUAAUUGUACCAACUUUGCCAAAACCAGUCAAUAAAACGGAAAGUUUGAGUCAGAAUAUAAGUUCAAGUACUUCUCCACCCGAUAGUCCGACACAUUCUUCUGCACGUCACAGAAGAAAUGUUAGCGACACAAGUGCUUUUAAUAAAGCAUUCGCGAGUGAAACAACUCAAUUUUUGGCACCAUAUGAAGCUUCAGUGAAAUCACGUACAGAAGAUGUUAAUACCCUUGAAGUUUUAACUGGAAUAAGACCUUGUUUAGGAUCUAGUGCUUCACAUGUACGUAUUGGCGAACUUUCAAGCGUAACUGCUACAGAAGGAAGGUCUUUAAGUGCCGAUGUAGCAGCUUGGAAUCCGUUUGAAGACGUACAACCAUUCAAUCAAUUAACAGAAGAUCAUAUUUUUGGUGCAGAGUUUGAUAAAAUUAGAAGAGGAAGUAAUACAAGUAUCGGUGGUGUAAAAAGUCGCGAAAGCCUCGUUAUGACAUACACAGAAUUACCAGAAGAUCCAUUCGAAUCUGCACCUUUCAGUUUGCCAACAGGAAAGAAAAACAAAAUUGGAUCAAAGACUGCGGCACUUGCUGGAGGUAAUGCAUAGACUGCUUCGUAUACAUUCUUAUUUCAUUUUUCUUUUCCUCCUUCAUGAGUCUGUAUACAGAAGAAUUUUACAAAUGACACGUAUUC